UGGGGGGGCGGGGUGGGGGGGAGCGGACUUUGAUGUCUUCAAAGACCGUUCUAAUUCCUUUAUUAUGUCACGACUGAACUGUAAUGCACUUCACAACUAAACCAUAUUUGAGGAGAGCAGGCCGGAGACAGCCAUGAACCCUGUGACAGAACCAUCCAAGAAGCUUCUACCAAGAAGAGAGAACAUGACCAGACCGACAUUACUCGCCUCGACUCCUCAACUCCCCUCGAACAGUUUCAAGAGCACUCAGAAGACGAUCCUGCCACCAAUUGACCAUGGUGCUCGGAAACCUCUGGAUGUCAGAGGUAAGCAGCAAACUCUCCUGCCGCCUGUCUCCGGGGGCCAGCAGAGGAGCCCUCCAGGGCCCAGCACCUACUUGCACGCUUCAUUGCCACCAAUCUGCGAGCCCUCGCAGAAAACGUCUCAUCAACAUGCUACAAAGCAACAUGAGGGUCUCCAGGUAAGCAAAACCUGCCCUCAGGAAACCUCUCAUCCCAAUGAGAAGCAGAGAGUCAACUUUGCAUCCUCUGUCAACAGAUCAGGCAUGUCCCCCGAAGAUGCUCUGAGAUAUUUCAAGUCAUGUGUGACAGAGUAUGAGCAGAAAGAAAUCCAGGAAUACAAAGAGUUGUGGUACCUGGGAAAGAAGGAAAACAAGAUCCAUAGCUCAAAUGUCCCCGAAGACCAGGAUGUCAAGUCCUUCGGCUCUGGCUAUGACUCAAAGGACGGAUUCUACCAAGCAAUAAUCAAUGACCACUUGGCCUACCGCUUUCAAAUACUGAAGCUGCUCGGGGCAGGCUACUCGUCACAUGUCUACAAAUGCAGGGACCACAAGACCAUGGAGCUCGUUGCCAUCAAGAUCAUUCGAAGCGAUGACACGAUUCAACAGCUGGCAAAGGAUGAAGUGAAAAUUUUGGAAGCCCUGCGAGAGUCAGACAAGAAUAACACAGCCAACAUCGUCCACGUGAAGGAGAACUUCUUCUUCCGCGGACACCUCUGCAUCACUUUCGAGCUCUUUGAAGAGAACUUACAUGAAGUCUUAAAAAAGGCCAAAUGCCAUGGGUUCAAGACAGCAGAGCUGAGACAAUACACCGUAGAUGUGCUGAAGUGUCUGCAACUGCUCAAAAACAUGGGGAUCGUCCACGCUGACUUUAAAUCGAAUAACGUACUACUCUACAAAAAGGAUGGUGAAAUGCGAACAGUAGUUACUGACUUUGGAGCGAGCUACUAUGUGGACGACAGAGAUCAUCCCCUCACCCACACUCUGUGCUACAUGUCACCAGAGUUGCUCCUCGGCAAAAAGUGUGGCCCGGCCAUUGACAUGUGGAGCCUGGGCUGCAUGUUAGCUGAACUCCACCUUGGCCACAAUCUCUUUCGUGGCCCUGACGUUGGAAAACAGUUCAAAGCUAUAAUGGAGGUGCUGGGCGCCCCUCCUAAAGAGCUGCUGGCGGAGCCAUCUAGAAGAGACGAUUUGUUUGGCGUCACAUUGAAGAGCAACCAAAUACCACAACCCAGGACCACUCUGGCCAAAGAGCUGAACUCUAAGAAUGCCUACUUUGUCGAUUUCAUUGAGCGCUGCCUUCAAUAUGAUCCAAAAAAGCGCAUGACACCAGAGGAGGCCUUGCAACAUCCAUGGAUUAAAAAAGAAGAAGCCAGACCUGCAAUGAGUGCUGGAAAACAUGUGCCAGUGCCCUCCAGCAACCAAGAGCCUGUCCUGCGCCUGCCGCCAAUCCAGCAAGCCAAAAAACGGUGACUGUUAAGUGAUAUUUAACUGUAGUGACUUAUACUACAGUUUAAUAUCACAUUUAACUUCCUGCACAGAUAAACUGAGGAAAAAAAAUCCCCUCAAAUACAUAUGUGGCUCCUACAUUAUCUACAAUACACAAUAUAGAGAGCACAAUCAAGCAUCUAUCCUUUCUACUGGUAAGUGUAUAUUAUUAAUUGAGAUCCACCAUGUCUUUUAUUGUAACCUGCAAAGUGUCCACACUGAAAACUGUGGUUUGACUGGCGUCAACACCCCAGUGCGGAGUAACGUAUUUGGUGCCGUUCAUCUGGAUGCUGAGUAAUGCAGACUGCACGGACAACAUCCCGAGUUCUCAAAUGGGUUGUUAGGUUGUUGCCAAUAAACCACCUCCAGUUCAGUUUCCUCUGAUGAGAUGACAGACCAACUGUUUAGAAGUUAGAUAGGUGAUUAGAUUUCAAAGUAGUUGUCAGUGUAGUACAGUUCAUGAACAUUAGUACAGUCACUGCGAGGGGGGUGGGUAGCCACCGCUCCACUAA